AUGGCAGUUAUCACCUGCAUCAUUCUAGCGCCGAUCACCCAAAUCCCCCAAUUCUAUACUAAUCCAACCCUCAUCCAACUAAACCAUGCCCCCCGCUACCGUCGCAUCGCCAUCAUCGGCACCGGCCCCUCGGGCCUCUCAGCCGUCAAAGCCCUCCACGACGAAAACACCUUCGACACGAUCCGCGUCUUCGAACGCCACAACCGCGUAGGAGGCAUCUGGCACUACGACCCAAUCCCCGACCCCUUCCGACCCCCAGGCACCCCAUCCCCAUCCACCCCGAAUCCCAUCCCAACAACCCUCCCCCAAUUCACCCCUCCCCAACCCGACGACCCCAGCGCCCGAACAGCCAUCUACCCCCACCUGGACAGCAACGUCGGUGCCAAAACCAUGUCCUUCACCCACACGCCCUUCCCAGCAAUCAACUCGGCCACCUCCAUCAAGCAAUUCGGCCCCGCCAACGCCACCCGUCCCUUUCGCGUCGUCGCAAACUACCUCGAAGACCUCUUCAUCCCGUACCUGAACCUCGUCUCCUUCAACACCACCGUCGAACGCAUCCACAAACCCCCCGGUGCCUCCGAAUGGACCCUCACCCUCCGCAAAUCCAACCACCUCUACCGUCACCAACCAAGCGACUACUGGUGGACCGAGACCUUCGACGCCGUCAUCGUCGCCUCAGGCCACUACAACGAGCCCUUCAUCCCUGAUAUCCCCGGCCUGGCCACCACCGCAACAACCCACCCGCACGCCUUCGAACACGCCAAAGCCUUCCGCCACUCAGAUACCUACAUAAAUCAACGAGUCCUAAUCGUAGGCGGGAACAUCUCCGCCGCCGACCUCGUCACGGACCUGCACGCUCUCGUCCAGGGUCCCCUGUACGUUAGUCAACGCGGCACAAACCCAUCUCUUGAAUCGGCAUGGUCCCUUCCCAACGUGCAACGAAAACCAACUAUCGCACACAUCACACCUACCCCUUCCUCAUCCACCACAACCACAAGUACUAAACCAAUAACAGUCCACUUCACAUCACACCCCCCAAUCACCAUCGACAAGGUCAUCUUCGCCACCGGCUACAAACCAUCCUACCCCUUCCUAACUCCCUCCCCAGUAACCGCACACAACCGCGUCGCAGGCUUCUACCAACACAUUUUCUCCAUCACGGACCCGUCCUUAGCACUAGUGGGCCAAAUACGCGCGGCGUUGAGCUUCAGAGUAUACGAGUACCAGGCUGUUGCUGUGGCGAGGUUUUUUGCGAACAGGGGGGGUGGGCUUCCGGGGAGGUUGGAGCAGGAGGAAUGGGAGCUUGAGAGGUUGAAAACUAAGGGGAAUGGGGUGGCGUUUCAUGAGAUUAAGCCCGAGUUUGGGGAGUAUUUUGAGGUUUUGAGGGGGAUUGCCGGCGGGGAUGGAGUGGGGGGGUGGUUGCCGGGGUUUGAGGAGAGGUGGGUGGAGGAGGCGUUUGAGGUUUUGAGGGGGAAGGAGGGGUUUUGGGGCGGUUGA